AUGGUACUUUCCGACUUUUUGACUGAGACUCGGAGGCGAUGGUUGAAGGCCUUCAAGUUGUUCAAACGGAACAAGACCCGCAAAAACACCCGUAACCGCAUCUCGCCCGAGCUUACUCGCUCGCCUUCCUACAACGGCACUGUCGACGCGAGCAACGAUAUCGAUAUACAGAAAUUCUGCGGCUGUCGUACUUCUCUUCCACCACUACACAUCAACGACACAUACGAAAAUAACUCUUAUUAUAGCAGUUACAACAGCUACAAUAGCUCGAGAAUCGACAGUCUUGAAAGUUACGGCACAAACGAGUCCCACAGUGGAAGUGGACGAUCCGAUUCUGCAUACGAUUCUGAAAGAUCCACUCCAUCUGAUGCCAGAGUCUGCUACGCUACUGUGACAUACUUCAAUGUAAAUGAUAGUGAAGAUAGCAGCAGCAUCCGUACAGAAUAUACUCUUCUGGACGAUGCCGAAGCUGAACAAGACCUUGAAGAUUUGGAAGAAGAUGAAAGAACGCAGAACAUGAUCAAUGAAAGCAUUGAACUUGUUAGUACGUUAUGA